AUGGCUUCUCUCUCUCACUCUACUCUUCUUCUACUCUCUUCUCUCAGCACAUCUUCCUCCUCCUCCAUCCACUGUUUCUGUUCUUCCACAUCCUCCCAGUCUCUUCGUUCCAAAUUCCAAUUGUCCUCACUGCCUCCAUUCCUCUCUAAGAGCAGACCCAAGAAGAAAGCAACGCGCCCUGAAGGGUUUCUGACGAUCAUCAAUCCCAUUUUGCUGUUCAACGGUGUGAGUAGUUCCACUUUUAAUUUCGAUGCCCAGACCCUUCUCGCCACUGUUAGUGUUCUCUCUGCAAUUGCUCUCUCCUUGUUUCUUGGUAUUAAGGGGGAUCCUGUGCCUUGUGAGCGUUGUGGCAGCUGGGGUAAUGAUCUUUCUAUAUCUCAACUUCAGAUUGUUGGGCAUUUUCUGCUUUCAAAUGUUGUACAAAUUUUACAACAUUCUGCGCCAAACAUAUAUGGCAGAAUUCUGAGAGAGAAAAAAACACAGGAAGGAAAAGAGAUCUGA